UCUUAAACCCCAAGAAGUGGGUUUUGGCGGCUACCUCUUUAUGUAUUUCAAGCUCUCUCUGCUCUUUUAAUUUCAUUCCUCUCUCUCUCUCUAGGGUUUCGUUAUCUCUCUCUAAAUCAAGACCGUUAAUUUGGGCAUGGCAACCGUCUCUGCCUCCUCUGAUCGUAUCCUUUCUGGGUUUUCUCAUCUGGAAACUGCAGAUUUGCUGCAGAAUUUGUCGUUAGAUUCUGAAAACAAGACUGCAAAAGCUUACGACUAUGCUAACAAGGGCCAUUAUGCUGAUAAUGCUAGUCACAUGUACCACCAAGGCUAUGGUUAUUCACCAUAUGGAAUAUAUCCCUCACCAGGUGAUGGUCAACUGCAAGGGCUCCAGCAAUACCAGUAUCCAAGUCCUUAUUACCCACCUUAUGCUCCUCAAGGUGCAGGUUCAACUUCAGUGACAGCUGAAACUAAUAAUGGAAGCCUUAGUGCUGUAGCAAACGGUUCCAGUGUCAGUGGGAAUAAUGGGUCAAAGCCACUUAGACCAAGUUACCAGAAUUCAAAUUUAGAUCCAAAUGCUUCUUACAGAAGAGGAGGCUUGUCAACAGCAGUUCCUUCAAGUUAUCAUGAUGCUAGAUAUAGUUUUGAUGGAAUUCAUUCGCCAACUGCUUGGUAUGAUUCCUCGGUAUUUUCUUCUGGUGGGCAGUCCAAACAUGCUGCAAAUGCUGGUUUUACUUCAUCUCAUUCCAACAAUUAUCCAUCUGGGAGGAAUCAGAAUCAUCAUUCUCAUCCACAUCUCAUGAAUCUGCACCAUACAAGACCAACAUCUGGCUUUGGCGAAGCUUAUGAUUAUAUGAAUCCGAUGUAUGCAAACAACACAAUGUAUGGCCAUUACGGAAACACAUAUAGGGCUGGCUCUGGUUUUGGAUCCUUUGGCUAUGAUUCAUGGAUGGGAGGGCGAGGAUGGUAUACUGUCGACAAUAAGUACAAACCUAGGGGUCGUGGCUAUGGUGCAUCUGGCUCGGGCAAAGAAAAUGGGGAUGGUUUAAAUGAGUUGAAUAAGGGACCAAGGGCCAAGGACUUUAAGAACCAAGAGGGGUUUGAUCCCAUUACACUAGCGGUUAAAGGACAGAACCUUACAUGUACUGAGAGCGAUGUAGAGGAUAAUUCACCUCUUGUUCCAGACAAGGAGAAGUACAAUGGAGAGGAUUUUGCUGUUGAGAGUUACGUAGAUGCAAAAUUUUAUGUGAUAAAAUCCUAUAGCGAGGAUGAUGUUCAUAAAAGCGUUAAAUAUAAUAUGUGGACCAGUACACCCAACGGCAAUAAGAAGCUUGAUUUGGCAUAUCGUGAAGUGAAGGAGAAGUCCAGUGACUGUCCAGUAUUUCUACUUUUCUCUGUCAAUGCCAGCGGGCAAUUUGUUGGUUUAGCAGAGAUGGCUGGUCCUGUUGACUUUGACAAAACUGUGGAGUACUGGCAACAGGAUAAGUGGAUCGGUUGCUUCCCUCUGAAGUGGCAUAUCAUUAAGGACAUACCAAAUAGUUCAUUGAGGCACAUAACACUUGAAAAUAAUGAGAACAAGCCUGUCACUAACAGUAGGGACACUCAGGAGGUUAAUUUUGACCAAGGCAUUCAAAUUCUGAAAAUUUUUAAGUCUCACUCGAGCAAGAGAUGCAUCCUGGAUGAUUUUGGGUUUUAUGAAUCUCGUGAGAAGAUUAUGCAGGAGAAAAAGGCCAAGCAAAACCAGUUACCGAAACAGGCAAGCAGCCCUCUUUAUGGAUUUAUGUCCAAAUUAUUAGUAUUAGAUGGAGAGUCUGACAAAGUUGUGAGUGACCACAAAGACAAAGAUGCAUCGAUACAAAAAGAUAACGUGCAAAAUGAAGCAUUGAUAAAGGACACAGUGGUUACAACAGCAGCACCAGCAGAUGAGACAAACGGAGAAGUGAAUAAGUUAGAAGAGGAUGAGUCUGCUGCAGCAGUUGAAGAUGCCGCUACCAAAGGUUCUAAAUCGGCUGUUGUAUUGUCCGGCAAGACGGGUUCUUCCAACGGGGUAGCAAGUGCUUGCUAAUUGAUUCCCUGGAUUGUUUUCUUUGAAUUAGGAUAGAAUUGAAGUUGGUUAAUUCCGUGACAUCAUUUACAUAAGGGCUGUAGGAAGAGAAGGCCCCUCAGCUUUCUUAUACAUAGUUAUUGUGAGAGACAGGAAGACUGCUCUAAAACCUAAAGAUUACAUAAUAUGUUUUUUUUUUUUUUUCCCUGUUUGGAUGCCAUUUUUCUUGUUGCUGUUUCAGCUCUUAAAUUUUAGUAUAAUUCAUGUUUCCACUCC